AUCGACUUCACGAUCCCGCCGCAACCAAGCUCACCGUCGACAAACACCAAAUAUCCACCAAACACUAACCAACAAGAUGCCUCCCAAGAAGACUCAGCGUCCCGCCCAGGAGAACAUCUCCUUGGGCCCCCAGGUCCGCGAGGGUGAGCUCGUCUUCGGCGUUGCCCGCAUCUUCGCCUCCUUCAACGACACCUUCGUCCACGUCACCGAUCUGAGUGGCCGCGAAACCAUCUGCCGUGUCACCGGUGGAAUGAAGGUCAAGGCCGACCGUGACGAGUCGUCGCCCUACGCCGCCAUGUUGGCUGCUCAGGACGUCGCCGCCCGCUGCAAGGAGCUGGGCAUCACCGCCCUGCACAUCAAGAUCCGUGCCACCGGUGGUAACGGCACCAAGACCCCCGGUCCCGGUGCUCAGUCCGCUCUCCGUGCCCUGGCCCGUUCCGGCAUGAAGAUCGGCCGUAUCGAGGACGUUACCCCCACGCCCUCCGACUCGACCCGCCGCAAGGGUGGUCGCCGUGGUCGUCGUCUCUGAGCGUGUGCGCAAUUUCAGAGUGGCGUACUUCACGAUCAGCAACGAACAAAAAAAAAGUUUACGGAUGGGAUGCACAAGGGUCUUGGUUGGUUUUAUGGCUUUGUUGGGAUUUGGAACUUCUUUGCGGCGUUGACCAUUACGAGGAGGACGGCAUUGACUUGCCUGGUCUCCAAAUAUCAAACAUUCCUGGUCACAUGAUGUCUGUUGGCACGACCGCGGAAAUCAAAAGAUAGAUAAAAAUCACCAUGAUGGUUGAAUGAACCUUGAUACCCACCCGCGGCCUAGAUAACCACCGUUCAAUCCAGUGCGACGUCAGUUCAGGAACAUUUAUGCAGACUCCCUAUCUGAAGUCAUCAUAUGUAAAGCCAUCGCCAUGUUGUUCAUGGCAAGUCCUAAUCAUCAAAUUACUUUCAACCAUGCCAAGAACGCCUUGCUAUCCGCCAACAGCGCCAAAAUGAAGCCGUUUCAACAGAACAGCUCACGCCUAUUCAUACAUACAUCACAACCUUGGCUCAAACCCUUGGGUUUGUAGUCUUGUACUCGGGCUUGAGCUUCCAAAUCCCACGCAUCGUCGACCCAGACUUGUCCAACACCGCUACUUUAUGCAACGCCUCCUUGAAAUCCGCUGACUGCUUAGGGCCGGUGCAGUACUGGUUGAAGUGGUCCACAAGCGCCUUGGACGGAGCCUGGCCGCCGUGUCGCCUGAUGAAUGGCGGUAUCAUCCGCAUAAAGUCGUUGGUGGCAUACACGCCAGGGGUGCCAGGGCGCGAUGAUGACCCGGACCCCCUCCCACCAGCACCGAUCCCGUGCCGAUCUGCAAGGCCCGGUACUAUCGAGCUCGAACUCGGUCCUCCUCCACGGCCACGCCUGACAUUCGGCGCUGUGGGCCUCCCGACAUCGCCAACCUCUCCCGUCCACGUCACACGCCCAGGUUCGACAUGUCGUGCUCGCUCGGCCGCGCGGCGAAGCGAAGCUGCAGCAUCGGCAGCGAUCCGCUCUGCCUCCUUCUUGAGCAUCUCACGGCUGGCUUGGGGCUUUUUACUCCCGCCAGACUCGUUCAUGAUAACAUCGUGUUCCAACGUGCUGUGUACGGACCUCGAGAAAAUCCCCUGCAUUAUUCGAUCUUCCUCGUUCUUUGGCUUCUCUUCGUUUUCGUCUUUGAAAUCCUCGAGGGCUGCCACACCAGCGAUGCUCCUCAGCUCUUUCUCAUCGUCCUUGGGGUGCUCACUCUUGACUUCCGGGUUCAUGGCUGGAUGCGAUGGGACGUGGUAAGAGUCUGAACCUGGGAUAAUCACCUUGGAAGCAUUUUGUGUAACUUUCACACCGCCGCCGUUUGCCUUGACUUCGCUAUCCUGAAACAUCUUUCCCGUUUCGGUUUUGCCAUUUUCGUGGGAUGAAAGUGUAAAUAAGUCGUGCAAGUCGUUCAUUGUAGCAAACGCAGUGCGCUGAGACGGAUCCUUGAGCACUUUGUUUGUAAGAAACUGUUUGAAGAUCUGUCGCUGGUAUAUCUUCUCUUCGAUUGUUCCGGCUGUCAUCAGCCUGUAGAUAGUAACCUCCUUCUUUUGUCCAAGCCUCCAAGCACGCUCUCGCGCCUGCACAUCUGUCGAGGGAUUCCAAUCUGGAUCGUAGAUGAUGACCCUGUCAGCUCCCGUAAGGUUCGUUCCCAAACCUCCUACCUUGGUAGUCAGCAGGAACAAGUCUAUCCCAGGAGAGUUGUUGAACUGGUCAACCAUUGCUUGUCGGUCCUUGAUUGCUGUUUUGCCGUCCAUCCUUAGGUAUGUGAUAUCGUCUUGUUUCCUCACGAAAUCCUCCAAAAUAUCAAGCAUCUGCGUGCCUUGAGAAAAAAGAAGGGUUUUGUGCCCAAAUUUCUUCCACAUUUGCAAGAGCGCUUUGACAACUUGCAUCUUACCCGACUUGUUGGCACUACCCCAGUUGUAAUAGUGAUCAUUUCGGAGGCUAGGUUCCACGAGAUCCGGAUGAUUACAGACUUUCCUGAGAUAGUCAAUACCAAACAAAGACUUCCUGGUGCCACUGAGAAUCUGAUCCAUAGCCUGGGAAGCCAAGAAUUGUUCGUAAGCCUGCCUCUGCGCCUCGGUCAACCUGCAAAAGAGAACUUGCUCGCUCUUUUUAGGGAGGUCUGUGGCAACAUCAGCCUUGACGCGUUGUAGGAGGUAAGGGCUGAUAGCAUCCUUGAGCGUCUCUGCACAUUUUUGUGCAGCCAUAAUCUGGAGGUUCGUAGCGUUGGCGUAGCCGCCCAUCUUGAUAGGAAUUUCGAUGUUAUUUCGGAAUUCGUGCAAAGUCCCAAGACGCAUAGGGUAGAUAAAGUCAAACAAUGACCACAGCUCGACUAGAUUGUUCUGGAUUGGGGUUCCCGAAAGGAUGACCCGGUUGGGAGUGCGCAACUCCUUGCAGUAUACUGUCAAUGAUGUAUUCGGAUUGCGAAUCUUGUGGCCUUCAUCGAGCACAGCAUAAUCCCACUCGACUGGAAUGAGAAUGUCUCCGUAGGUCUGCAAACCAGCAUAGGUAGUUACCAGCACGUGGCCGCUCUCAACCACCCGAUCAACAAUCCUUUUCGCUGCAGCAACGCCUUUGGACUUUUUGGACUUCUGCGUGGACUCAUCAGAGGAAUAACCGUCGUCAUCGUCCUCAAUCCGGCCCUCACUCCGGAUAUCGUACAUUCCGCUGCCCGAUGAGUGUAAGAUUGAGACUCGCAGUGGC